AUGGUUGAUUAUUUUAGUUCACUUUAGAAAUUCAUAUAUUUCAUGCUCAAUGCUCUUUAAAAACCGUAGGCCUCAAAUAGCAACCAUGUAAUUUAAGUUUUGAGCUGUCAUCCCGUUGUCAUUUUAAAGAGAGAAAAAAAAGGUAAAUAAUAAUAUUAGCGGUGUUUUUUCUGUGAGAAAGGCGACAUGCAGAGGCUCGGCGAGAAGGGCAGCCCGGCCCCGGACAGCUUCUCGGAGGAGCAGCUGCAGGUGUACGUGAAGCAGAUGCUGGGCGGCCAGCUGUUCAGGGGGAACUACCGCGAGAGGAGACACGUGCCGCAGCUCGGGGGCUACAGGGAUGUGGUGGAGUUGUGCGGGACGGAGAGGGACUUCAGGGAUGCCCUGGAAGCGGCACAGGAGCGGAUGCUGCGACACUACGGCCCGGGCCGCGUCUGGACCGGAAUAACCAUUGCAGGGCCCACGGACCAGCCGUGCCUGCACGUCAGGCUCGAGGACGUGGCGUUCGGUCACUACUGGUUCCUCCUGAAGAGCGUCAAGUUCACCGGCCCGGAGGUGGUGCUGCGGCUCAAGUGCCUCAGGCCGCUGGGCGAGGCAGAGGCGCCCGCGGAGGGCCGGCCCGGGCCGGAGCGAGACACGGACUGGAGCGCGAUCCUCGAGGAGUGGAAGCACGCCCUGUCGCGGGGCGCGAAGGCGGCCCUCGCCGUCGGCAACGUGCGCCAGGCGGUGGUCUUCCUGGCGGUGGUGGCGGCGGGCCUGCUGGCCGGGGCGGUCCACUCGGUGCGCCACCUGGGGGACUUCUCCCUGCGGCUGGUGCGCGAGCUGUCGGGGCUGGUGCGCGCCCUCACGCCCCUCGCGCUCGCCCUCGUCGACUUCCUGGCCAAGUGCGUGGGCGGGCUGUACCUCCUGCUGGCCCUGGUGUUCCGCGGCCGGGGCCCCGCGCCCCCGCCCCCCCGCCGGCCCGCCAUCAAGUACGGUCGCGCCGACGGCCGCUGGUAGCGUCACGUUUGAGCAACCUCCUUCGAAUUAUCUUCUCGCAGUCCUGUUUUUAGUUCAUGACCAUUUUAAUUCUACACUUAUCCACCUUUCCCUGUCCCAUUGUGUUUCAUUGGAAACUUUUAUGAUCCCCGAAUAUUUGGAUAUUUGUCUCACUACAAAACUUGUAAAAUUAUGUUCUGUUGUUAAACACAGAAGAAAAAACUGUUCAAUCAUGUAUGUGCAAUAUUGACUGUACUCUGGCAUUGUUAGUUUGUGGUUGGGUAGCCAUUUUGAUGAAAAUUAAAACGGGACGAAGAGAUUGUACCAAAGACCAAAGAUUGUACAGCUGUGGUAGAGUCUUGGGCUCUUAUUUAAUCUGCAGGUUAGCGUAGCCGGAUCAUUGUAAGCCUUCCAAUUCUCUGGUAAAGGAAACCUAUGCUUGGAUUUUGGAAUUUUGCAUAAUCGUGCUGUUUCUUUAUUCUUACGGUUUUGUGGAAUAACAGAAUCACUGCGUGCUAGCUGUGAUUGUGCGCAUUGGCGCUGAGGUAGCUCGGAAAAUUUAUUAGGUUUUUUGCAGAAACAACAUUGUCACUGAUCUCUAAUUUUUCAGGAAGAACUAUCAAUACAUUUGUAAUUGUUGCAUUAACAUUUUUAUACAUUUUUUGUGUGUUCUUGAUCAUAAUUGAAAUUUAGCGUAGCUUAGGAGAAAAUAACAGUUAUAGGUUGCCUUUUUUUUUUAAUUAAUAAAUGCUAUUUUCUGUUAUUUUUCUUCUUCUGAAGUCAAAACAUUUCAAUCACCAACCUUAAUGCAAUGUGUGUUGCAUAAAUCAAGAAAUUGCACAAAAAAAUAAUUUUAAUACUUAAAUUACAUAUUAUGUUCACACUUGUGCUGGCCAGUUUUACAAAUCUUAAUAAAAACGUGAGAGAUUUUCUCUAGAACAUAUCAAUUGCAUAUUGCAAUAGUCGGAUGUCACUCUGUGUUGGCAAUUUAUUUUAUAAACACAUUCAUUUCUCAUUUCUUGCUGCUUUUAUUAUUAAGCAGAAGCAUAACUUUAUUGUCAGAAUUAAUUUUCAGUUUAUAAACUUACAGUAAAUGACAUCACUAUAACUGCAAUAUCAACCUCAAACUCUGGGUUUAAAAAAAAGCAUUACCUCUUGAAACACCAAAACAUUCCAUCUUUACUUGUGAUUUACUAUCCUUGAUAGUUUCCGUGGUAGAUAUGGGUAAUUUAGUCAAAGAGUUCACUAAUGUAUCUGCAAUAAAUUAUGGUUUUCACGAUCAUCUGAAGCUACGUAAUGGGCUGACUGAUGUUUCCUUUGUUUCAACCUGCGUGCCUACAUUUAACAGAAGUUGAAUUCAUGCUCAACUCAAAACAGCCAAAAUAGAAACUUGUGUUGUUUCUGAAAUAACCACUUAAUUUUUACAAGUUAGUGAAAAUAAUUAUAUCUUCAAACCCCCGUAUUGUCACGUGUAUGGCUGUUAGGCUUGAGUAAUAAAUAUUUUGUGAAAUCUUUAACCAGUUUGCAAGACUGCGUGUAUCUAAUCUCACAGUUGCAGUAUUGGAGGGAAACUGUUGUAAUCGAUAAGCAGUUGUAGGUGGCUGUAAGGGUCUCUUCUUUGCGUCCUCGCUUUCUGUUCCAGUAACUUUCAAUAAUCCUUUUUUAAAAAUAAUUUUGUAUAUUUAAUGCAAAAAUGAUAAUGUGGGCACUGUAGGAAAAGGCUGAUUCUUUUAAUUAGAGGUUUCAUUUGAUAAGUUUGUGGUGGGUCAUUUUACAAAGUGUCAAGUAUUAUGUGUUUGUUAUCACUCUAAUGCUAAUGUGUGUUUUAGUUUGAAAAUUAUUUUAUGUAAAAAAAUUUUUUUUAACAUUUUAUGAUAUCCACUGAUAUACAUUCUGUUUUGACAACUUUAUUUUUCUUGAUAUGAUUGGAAAUUUAAAUUUAAUGCAAAUCCAACCAAAAUUUUGUCUCGAGUAUUAAAACAAAAUAGGUUAAGUGUUUUUGGAAAACUGUCAAGAUAUUCAUAAAGUAUAAACUCAUUGACCAGUGCAUUUAAAUUUGUAGAAAUAUUCCAAUUUUUUUUGUUUUUCAGUAGUUAAAAUUGUGUAAAACAUUAAAGGCACAUAAUUGAGCAAUUCAAAUAAAUCUGAUUCACUAAUUAUAGUUUCAUUAAAUUAGAUUUGGAAUUGGAACUUAAGAGAUACAAGCACCUAAUUAAUGAUGUAGGUACCUUGUUGAGAUGAUGUUGAAUUCCUGAACAACGAUCUUGCAGGAUAUUUUAUAUUAAUGUACAUAUGGUUAGCUUUAAAUGUGUGUGUGGUGUCUGUUGUGUUGCAGCUGUGAUGCAUUUAUUUUUGUACAGUGCUCAGUAUGAGGUGUUGUGUAUUGCUUCAGUACUGUACACAAGAGUUUGCACUUGCUGUGAGAGAUAGUUGACUGUUAUUAUUAGUUCUUUUUGCUGUAUGGACAGUUACUAAAACAAUGUGAAUCUUCAGUGUCCUUUGUAACUGACUAUACAUUCGGUAGGUGAAUUCAGAAAGAUGUUAUGUAUUUUUUAAAAGUUUAUAAUGUUAAAAAAAUAAUAAUUUGUA